GUCAAACAUAGUAAGAAAAGAGAAGGAAAUGACGGACGUGUUUUAUAACCGUUUGUAAAGAGUUUUCAACCUAAAUGCAUGUGUCGAGAUGUCUUUAAGAAUAUGUGCACUAUUACACUAUUGGAAGGACGCAGCAAAUGUUCGUAUGGCGAUCACGAGUAAUUCGUUUUCUUCCUAAUUACCUGGCUGGCCCUAAUGUCCAUAUUAGCCUACCAUUGAAAGGUCGACCCGACCGUCUGAAUGAUAUGGGGACGUGUCACAACAACCCUAGACAACAUUUAAUGUUUUAUUUGUCGAAAGUUUCACUGGUCAUAAAUUGAGAUGACGUCUCGUGGCUUGCCACUAUUUCGGUGCGUUUGGGGAAUAGCGAGGUCUGGACACCAUCCUGGGCAAUCUCGACUGAAUAACGUUUCCUCAGGAUGGCCACAAAGUCAGGUUGCAGGGAAGAAAAAAUAUUUCAACCUCCCCAACUUGAAAGAGGAAGAACUAGAAGAGCAGUUUGUGCGUGGAUCUGGCCCAGGUGGACAAGCCACUAACAAAACAAGUAACUGUGUGGUACUCAAACAUAUUCCCACAGGUAUUGUUGUGAAGUGUCAUCAGACACGCUCCGUGGAGCAGAACAGGAAGCGGGCACGUGAGAUCCUGAGACUGCGCCUCGACGUAUUUCUCCACGGUGAGGAGAGUGAGGUGGAGCAGAACAAGAAGGAGGCUGUAGUGAGAAAGCAGGAGAAACGGCGCCAAGCCAACGAGAACCUUGAGAGGAAGCGCCUUUUCAAGCAGAGCUUGCUGGAGGAGCUCCCCCUAUCCAAAGACAACAAGAACCAGGGAUGAGAUGUCUGACUCACUUAGUGCUGGUGUGCAACAUUUGGGGACACAGACCUCCCUACAAAACAUAACAUCUGACAUACAGCCAGAUGGAUCACUAGGUCUCUGUCUGUCCUGUGAAGUCUACAGUUCUUCAGACUUGUGCCUAAGGCCUCUGGGAUAGAAUCCAGUCAGAGUGCUCAUGGAUAGUCUACUUAUUAACAUUGUGACUCAACAACAGAGAGGACGACGAGGAGCAUAGAAUUGUGAAAAAGGGAAAUUAUGCUGAUCGUUAAAACCCAUUGCAUGCAUUACACUAUGGGUAAAGAGUUUGCAAUCCAGAAUGUUGAGCAAUUCCACACACAAGUAUUGAAGAAGUAAAAUGUGAAAUGCCUUCUUAUGUGCAGUACUGUUUUGUGCAUUGUGCCAGCAGCACAACAGACAUUAAGAUUGUGCCCUCUCAAUCUGACUUUAAAUGAUAGGAGACAAUUUACAUUAAAAUAUGUUUUACUUAUUACACUUAGUAAUAAACAAGGAAAUGCAAA